AGUCGAUCCCCAGAGCACCCACUCCGGAAUCCCAUGAGAAGAAACCCGACGGCAUACCUACCCGACCAAAGCGGGCGCCCCUGCCUCCACAAAGUACGGAGUUCAAGCAGAAACGAUCUGCACCUCAGGCAGAACCAUCGCCGAUGCAAGGUAUUCCCCAGGGCCCUAAGAAUUGGAACGGAAGGCCUUUGCCUCCCAAAGAACCGCCAGUUGUCCCUGGUGCCCCUUCUGGCCCUCGCGGUGACCGUCCUGUGGUUCCUCCAGGAGUCAAAGAUGCCUCACAUCCAGCAUUUGCUUCCCAAACUCGUCUUCCUCCUUCUGGGCCAUCAAGGCGCGGGCCUCCCACAUCUCAACCGGAAGCCGGCGAAGGCAACAAGGCUGUACCCACGGGGCCUCGUGUAAGAACUACCUCUGCGGUGUCUGCGGUGUCUUCAGAAACCGAAAGAGUUGCCUCCAAACAAACACCCACGCUGACAGGUCCACCUCAUCACGUCCCUGAGGUGAGCGCUGCAAACCUGGUACGUAGGGCUCAGAUCGAACGCGAGCGUGACGAAGCUAUUGCGCAACGAGAUCAGGAACAGACAUCCCGGAGAAAUAAAAGGGUUGCGUCAGCGUCUCCCCCUCCAGCUAAAUCUCGCAAGAUUUCGCCCUCUCCGAAUCGACAGAGAUUUCAGUCGCCUUCACCUGCUGUUCCCAAACGUAUUACUGGAUCGAACAACGUCCCUGUGGCCAAGGUUCGCACAUUUGGAAAAUUGGACCAAGCAGGAAAUGACAAUAACACCGCAUCACGGGAUAUUACUCGAGAUCGCGAUUAUCACCGAAUGGAUGUCUCCGACGAUUAUACAGCCUCCCGACCUAGCUUCGACUUGCGAAAUGAGACAGGAUUGCCAGCCGCUUUCCCACUGCUGCAGCACGAACGGAACUCAUCGCUCUACCAGCCGCCGGCAAAUGCAUUGUCCCACUCCUUCAAUCGACCUCUCAAUGAUCACCAAGCCAAUGAGAAUCAAUACCGUUCACGUUCAAUUCCCACUCCGACACCGGUUCAAAUUGAAAGGGAGCGACUCCCAGAGAGACGAUGGGGUGCCCAACUUCGCUCCAAUCGUGAUCAAUCUUCUGGUCUCCCGAACAAUUCUUAUCCUGGUUAUGAUCUUCGCAAGCCCGAGACCACUAACCGCCAAGACCCUGCGCCUCCAGUAUCCAGUGCCCCAUGGCCCUCUCGCAGUAGAGGCCAAACAAACGGAGAUUUCGGUCUAGACCUAGGAGAGGGUUCUCAGCGACGGCCUCGAGACUUCCAAGGGCCGGAAAUUUCUCGUGCCCAAGCACCUGAACUCCGUGAUCUAGUGGAAUCACGAACUACGUAUUCCAGCAUACUUCCUCCUGGCUACUAUAUAAAAAACCCGGAUACGUACGAGGUCGGUUUGCGCCUCGUAAGUCGUCGCCGGUCUGAGGAGGUGAUCCUGGGCUCGCCCAGAGGCGAAUCAAACCGUACUGGGUCACUUCUCGACCGAAUAGUUCGUCAAGGACCUCCAGUCAUUCACUCAGAAAAUGGGCCCGUUCCUUUGCGCGACCGUAUCACCGCCAGUGGGGAGGUGAGCCCCCGCGCCGGAGAGAUGGAUGACUCGGUCAGAAGUGACAGUGGGGAUGAAGUUAACGGUACUUCAGGCGGUGGCCAAGGUCCAAACUCCGGCAGCGGUGGGAGGAAGAGAAGAAAGUCCCGGCGCAAGUCAGCCCGCCGGUGAACGUACCAAAAAUCGUCUCCGAACUCGCCUUUUAUUGUAAAAAUUUGUUGACUGCAUCCAUUUGUCUGUGGUAAUAAAUUCUUUGCGUUCAUCCACUUCUAAAAGUAACAAUCCCAUUAGAGGCAAAACUUUAAUUACCCCGUAAUGAACAGACCAGGGGCCGCUUGUAACGAGCUAUG